ACGCGUUUGACAGAGUGGGCUGCUUUAUCACUAGAUUUGGAUUUGUCAGCCGUUUCUUUUGUAAUUACUAUUCUGACGAAACUUUAGAAAGUGUAGCAUAUGUGAAAUCUUUCAGCACGCUGAAAUAUUCAUCUUAUGACGAGUUGGGGCACAGUGGUUGUUUUAUUUAAAACCCUACUUACCGAAGAAGCUAACUAAUGCUAACUUUUUAAGAGCAACAAACAAGAAUGACCGACUAAUUUCAAGGCUAUAGGUUUGUGUAGUGACGAUAUUCAGUCGUUGUAUUUUAGAGCAUUUUAAUACGUUUGUACAUAGACCUUGUUUUUUGAGAAUUAGCCGAAGUUAACACCACUACUCUGAGAAGAUGAGCGCUGGUACGGCAAAGACGGCCAAGCCGUCCUCUCAAAGCGAUAAAUCUGCAGCCUUGAAAGAAAUCCCAGAUAUCCUGGUGGACCAGAGGACCAUGAAGAGGUACAUGAGGGGUCGUUUUCUUGGAAAGGGAGGCUUCGCCAAAUGCUUCGAGAUCACAGACAUGGCCACGAAGGAGGUUUUCGCAGGGAAAGUGGUGCCCAAGGCUCUACUCCUAAAGCCUCACCAGAAGGAGAAGAUGAGCACCGAGAUCUCCAUCCACAAGAGCCUGGACAACCCUCAUGUGGUGGGCUUCAGGGGCUUCUUCGAGGACGAUGACUUUGUCUUUGUGGUGCUGGAGAUUUGUCGCAGAAGGUCUCUUUUGGAGCUGCAUAAGCGUCGUAAGGCGGUGACGGAGCCCGAGGCGCGAUACUUCAUGCGGCAGAUCAUUAUGGGGUGCCAGUAUCUCCAUAACAACAGAGUGAUCCACCGUGACCUGAAACUCGGCAACCUCUUCCUCAACGACGAGAUGGAUGUCAAGAUUGGUGACUUUGGCUUGGCAACGCGUAUCGAGUUUGACGGCGAGCGCAAGAAGACUCUGUGUGGAACCCCAAACUACAUCGCUCCAGAGGUGCUCUGCAAGAAGGGACACAGCUUUGAAGUCGACAUCUGGUCACUCGGAUGCAUCCUGUACACGUUGCUGGUGGGCAAGCCUCCGUUUGAGACGUCGUGUUUGAAGGAGACGUACGUUCGCAUCAAGAAGAACGAGUACUCCGUUCCACGGCACAUUAACCCCCCGGCAGCUGCUCUGAUCAAGCGUAUGCUGCAUGCGGAGCCCUCUCUGCGUCCCUCCAUAAGUGACCUGCUGGGAGACGAGUUCUUCACGAGUGGCUACAUUCCGCUGCGCCUGCCCACCUCCUGCCUCACGCUCCCGCCAAGAUUUUCCAUUGCACCCGGAUCCCUGGAGCCCCCACGAAGACCCCUCACUGCCAUCAACAAGGGUCUUGUUCCCACUACAACAGAUAAGCCAGGCAAGGCAGAGAUGAAGGAUGAACCGGCCACUGGUGAGGGUACGGAAAAUCUGAAGGGUCUUCUGACGGACCUGCUAUCACAACUGAGCAGCCUGAACAACACCAAGCCCUCGGAACGACCAGUCAUACGGCAAGGUGAGGCUGAGGAUCCUGCCUGCAUCCCCAUCUUCUGGAUCAGCAAAUGGGUCGACUACUCUGACAAAUACGGCCUAGGGUACCAGUUGUGUGACAACAGUGUGGGCGUGCUGUUUAACGACUCGACGCGUCUGGUGCUGUACGACGAUGGAGACACUCUGCAGUACAUCGACCGCACCAACGCAGAGUCCUACCUCAACCUCCGCAACUACCCCUCUGCACUCUCCAAGAAGAUCACGCUGCUGAAGUAUUUCCGCAACUACAUGAGCGAGCACCUCUUGAAGGCCGGUGCCAACAUCACCCCUCGUGACGGUGACGAGUUGACGCGUCUGCCGUCGCUGAACUACUGGUUCCGCACCAAGAGCGCCAUCGUGCUCCACCUCAGCAACGGAACCGUGCAGGUCAACUUCUUCCAGGACCACACCAAGGUGAUCUUGUGUCCGCUGAUGGGUGCAGUGACGUACAUCGAUGAGCGUCGUGAGUUCCGCACGUAUCGCCUGAGCCUCCUGGAGGAAUUUGGCUGUAGCAGGGAGCUCGCCGGACGCCUGCGAUUUGCACACAACAUGGUGGAGAAACUACUGGCCAACCCCACGUCAUCGCAGCGCUGAUCACACACACACACACACACACACACACACACACACACACACACACACACACGCGCGCGGCAUGGUGAAGCUAAUGGCCAAAGCCACAUUAAAACAGUGACACACACACGUUUACCCCCUCAGGCACCCUUCCAUGUAUAUACACACACACACACACACACACACACUGCAUUAGUCAGUUCUGUAUUCGCAGUCCAACCCCCCUCCUCCCGAAUCAGUUUGUUUUGUAGCUUCGUGCUGAUGAAUUAUGGGAUGGUGGUGGGCUGGCAAGAGGUCUUGCUGAGAUGAUCAUGUCCUCUUCUGUCUGUCUGUCCUGGUCAGUCCGUAUAUAUGUCUCUCUGUGUUGUUGGUCUUGAGUGUGUGCCUGCUUUGGGUGUUUUUUAUGUUUUUAUUCUUGUGUAAAAAUGUUUGUUACCAUUCAAUGUUUUCCAGAGGUUUUGUACUAUUUUAAAUAUCUGUAUAAAUGAAUAAAGACCUUAUUUGGGAA